UGAGGGUGGUGAGGUCGGCGUGUGGGGGUACAGAGCCUAUGGAGCGCUAUGGAGUGUUAUUGAGGUUAUUGAGUAGGGUUUGAGAGCUGGGAGAGCCACGAGAGUGUGAGGUUGAGCUUUAUGUGCAACUUUAAUUGCAACGAAGUGUGUGAGAAAUAUUAAAUUUGGGUGAAGAAUAUGACGGAACAGUUCGUCGGAUAUACCGUGACUGUUAUAUGUCGGAAUGAUCUGGGCUCAUAUCAGGGUCAGAUUUGUAGCGUAGAUCCAAAUGAACAGACAAUAACGUUGAAGAAAGCAUUUAAAAAUGGGAUUCCUCAGCAGGUUCCAGAAGUUACACUUAGGGGUGCAGACAUAAGUAAUCUGACUAUAAUUGAAACAGCUUCAGAUGCAUCUGUAACAAGUCCUUCCAGUACAGUAGCUGUUACCAAACCAGUACCUAAACGUCUUGGCCGUUCUGUUAGUGAAUGUUUGGCUACCAUUAAAGGGAUUCAGCUUCGAGAUUCUCCACGUAAACAUUUGGAAGACUGCAGUGUACAUACACCCACUGUAUGUGAUGUAAACCGUACGCCCAGCAAGAAAGAUAGAGUUCGCCAAAGGUGGUCUGAGAGAGAUGAAGCAUGUUUUGGGACUCCUAUAGACAGUAUCUUGGACCAGGACUUUGAUUUUGAAAAGAAUUUGGCCCUGUUUAAUAAACAGGCUGUUUAUGAUGAGAUAAAUGCACAAAGGCCGGACAUUGUUCGUCAUGCAGAUACAAGCAGGCGCUCACAGAAGUAUCGCCAUAAUGAGAAUGUGAUAGCAAGUGUGCCAGCUAUGUAUAGACAGGUGGUAGUGCCUGCACCUGGUUUGAAGGAAUAUGUCACUGAUGAUGGGUUAGUAAUUCCAAGUAUAAUGCCGGAUCUGCGCCAUCAGUUGCUGUCAGUUGCUGAACGGAUGGGUUUAACUGAAGAACGCCAAGCUGAGCUUAUGGGAAGAGCUGCUACUGAAAUGGCUUUGCAGUUGCUUGGUGGUGGGCAUAGGUUGAAUCCACACAAUGUUCACCAGUGGCCAACAGUUGUUGCCCUUUGUGGCUCAAAUCGCCAAGGAGCUGUUGCUGUUAAUUGCGCCCGCCAGUUAGCCAGUCACGGUGUAAAAACGGUCGUUUUUCUGUUGGACCCAACACAUUUGACAACGCAGCUUACUCAUGAGCUGGCAUUAUUUAGGCAUACCAACAAUAAACUCAUCACCACUGUACAAGAGUUACCAACAGUUGCAGUGGACUUGAUUGUGUUGGCAUUGGCAGAUGAACUGGGAAGUCAGUUACACAAGGCUCGAUACAGGGCAGCAGCAGAAUGGGCUAAUGAGAAUCGUGCUCCUGUGUUGGCAUUGGAUCCUCCUCCAGCCGGUACACCUGGAGUUGACACAAAGUUUUCUCUUGUCCCUGUCUUGCCCCUUGCCCAUAGUCUUGACAAUGGCAAGUUGUAUCUUUGUAACCUAGCAUUCCCACAGCAGGUAUUCAAAGAAGUUGGAAUCAAGUACAGUUCCCCAUUUGGACCCAAAUUUGUUAUUCCUCUUCAUCCUAAUGAUACCUAGUCUGAAUGUAGUGAUGAUCAUUCUUUUGCACAAAAAUACAUUCAGGGUAAAGGUAGUAUACUGAUAAUGCAAUUAAAAGUGGGAAGUGAUGGAGAAUGGUACUGCAUAUAUUUGGAGCUCUGAAGAUAUGAUGCUGUGGGAAAGAUUUUGAAUAUUUUAAUGUUGCUGUGGUACACUAAUACAGCAUCAAGUUAUGAAUUUGACACCUUGAACAAGUAUAGCAUAAGAAGUACAGAUUAGGGACAAAUUUUCUUGGAAAAUAAGACUGUUUUCUACAACCUGCAGUAUCUAUAUAGUUCUUUUCUUUAGUUGUGACCUCAUAUUUGAACAUAUUUGUAAUACAAAAAUUUUUUCACAUAUUACAGUGAAUGAAUCUCCUGCCCUCAAAAUGUGAUGCUGACUUCUAACAGUGUCAGUUAGAGAGUCAGUUGAGAUUCAUGAUGGUAAUGCUUACAGGGCCAGGUGAAGUAUUGCACACAUAUGAAGUAUUAAGUUCAAGAUUGUGAUUGCACCUGAUUGCCUAAUUUUAUUAACCAGUCCUGUGGAAACAGCAUAUGCCAUCCCUAAUUGCCAGUAAUAGUAACUGUUUUUCAGGCAUAUUUAUAGGACAUGAUGAAUGUGCAUUUCACUUUCUGACAGUCUACAAGGUAGAGUGCAGAGAUUCAGAUUGAUGGCUUUGACUGCAGUUUCUGUACACAUAUCAAGUGAGAAUGUUAGACAUGUAAUGUGUAAAUAGUGAAGGCAUGAUGAGAAUAUUUGAAAAGAUGUAAUGCAUCAAAAGUGAAGGCAUGGGCAUUUGGUAUGAAACCCUCAUUUCAGGUAUCUUUAUAGAAAAGUGACUUUGAAGACCAAACAGAGGAAAAUUUUAGUUGAGGGAAAUUUAAAACUGUGAUGGUUGACUUUGGAUAUUUGAAAUUGAAUAAGGAAAACUUCAAAUUGAGGAACAUUAAAUGGUGUCUGCACUGUAUAUGGUUUUAUGAAAGGAAAAAAGCUAGAAAGUAAAUUCAUAUGUACAUUAGCCAGUACACAUAUGUAAAAUCUUGAAUUUUUGUACAGCGUGUAAUUUCAUAUUUUGAAUAUU